UCACUUGUAUAUCGUAUUCUGCAGGAUUGAUGUGAACAUAAAACAAAAAUGGCUGAACUAAAUAUAGAUUCAUUGUCUCGACUUACCGUUCCAGAGCUUCAACAAGAGCUUAAAAAGCGUGGUUUGAAAAAAAUAGGUGUUAAAACUAAACUUAUUCAAAGACUCUCGGAGUAUUUAAUCAAAUAUGGCACAGAAAUAGUUAUGGUAACUCCACAAAAUCAACCUAAUUGCUCAAGUGAAAAUCCAGAAACUUUAGAAGAGUCUGGUAUUGAAAAUAGUUUUAGUGAAGAAUUAGACUCCAGUCAUGCUAUAGAAGAAUUAGCCAACUCCAUUCAUAGAUCUCAGGAUUUUCAAGAUAAUGGCACUCGUAAAGUAAAUAUUGAUUCAGAAGUUAAUGAUGAGGCUAUAAAUAAUGAAACAAAUGAGAGAUUAGUUGAACUAGAUAACCAAGAAGAUAAUGGAUGGAACCAAGAAAAUAUUGACUGUGAUAAAGAAAGUUCAAUCACUAAUGUUCUCCAUAUGUCUGAAGAGCACUCUAAUGAUCCAACAAACAAUACCGAAGAGAUUGAUGAAGAAAUUGAUAAUAAAGAAGCACGUAACACAGAUCCUAGCCAAGAAUUUCAAUAUGAAGAAGAUAGUAUUGAAGUUGACCCAAAAUUAUUUAUUGAAGAAAAUAAUGAUUCUUCCAAAGUUGGAGACAAUGAAUUUCAAAAUCAAAAAACAGAAGAGAUUACAAAUGAAGCAUUAGUCGACGAAGGAGAAAUAGUUAGUGAAGAUGAUGAAGAAAAUGUAAAGAAGUUAAAACAGAAAACUGUCAAACCAGUGCCUCUGAAAAAACGUGUUUCGUUACAAGGUUCUGUUGAAAGUGUAGAGGAAAAAGCUGCAAAAAGAAAGCGCCGCUGGGGAUCAACAUCUAAAAAUAUAUCAGACCAAAAUUCUGAGUCAAUUAAAAAGUUAAUAACUGAAGAUAAAACCACAGUUCUUGUAUCAGAUGAUCAGCCAGAAUUGGAUUAUCAAGAAGAGGAUGAUCGUGAUACUGGAGCUUCGAAUGCUAAUAGAAGAAAAGUCAAAGUUGAAUCAGGAAAAAUUAUUUCUUUGGGAAAACGGACCAAUCCUGAAGUUCUAGUUGUUGAAGAUGCAGGUGAAUCUGCUCCAAAAUCUGUUGACAUUAUUUUUGCCAAACCGACUUAUGUAGAUGAAGAUAGUGAAAUGCAAGGAAAACGAGAUCGUUCUCCUAGCCCAGCUAGGAAUCCUGUAUCUUGUUAUAUUCAUAUAACUGGUUUAGUACGACCAUUUACUGUUAAUCAAUUAAAAGUUUUAAUAGGGAGAACAGGUACCAUAUCAGAAAAUGGUUUUUGGAUUAAUCAAGUCAAAUCACACUGUUAUGUUCAACUGUCCUCUGAGGAGCAAGCUGCAGCAACAAGAAAUGCUUUACAUGGAUUAAAGUGGCCGUCAGGAACACCAAAGGUCUUAAAAGUCGAUUUUGCAUUAAAUACACAGAUUUGGGAAGACACUCAAGGUUUAAUGGGAGGUAAGCCUAAAAUUGUUAUUGAAAUAGAAGAUAAAAAUGAAAAUAAAAAUGAGGAAAAAAUAGAAGACAAAAAAGUAAAAAAACAAAAAGAAGUAGAAAAAAAAGAUAGAACAAAAGAAACCAAACGAAAAGAUUCUGCUAACCGAAAAGAUAAAAAACGAGAAGAGAGUCCGGCAAAACUUUUAGAUGACUUGUUUAGAAAAACAAAAGCGACACCGUGUAUUUAUUGGCUGCCUCUAACGGAUGAGCAGAUAUUAAAUCGCGAGAAAAAAAUUCCAAUAGAGCACAAUGAAAACCCUAACAUUACAAAAACCUCUACUAAUAAAGAAAAUAAGACAUCUCGGCGAUCACGCUCUCUAAAUAGACCUGUUAGAGGUCGGAGAUAACAAAAUGAGUUACUAUUUAUUUAUUAAAAGUUGUUUAAAAACUUUUAUAAUUUUACUUUUAUAAAUAACAACGUUUUUAAGUUUGUAAAAGUGCUUCUAACGCGAUUGUAAAUUUUUAUUGAUAUUUUGUGAAAGUCAUAUUCGAUACUUCUAGUAACUACAAAGAUAAAAAAAAAACGAUUUUCUGAUUGUGGAACUUGAACGAAUGAUUUUUUCAAGUCAUUAAAUAUAUUUACAAAAAACUUGCCAAAAGUUAAGGAAGACAAUCUGUUUGGUGCGACGCUUUCUGCAUAUAAACAGUUUUAAAACAAAUUUUUUGUAAGCAUUUAUUAUUUAAAAUAUUGCAAUGAAUAACCAA